UCUGGCUCUCCCCUCCGCUUCUCACUUUCACUCCCAUUGGUUUCACGUUCCCUCCGCCACGCGGAAAAGCCGGCGAGCUUAUCCAUCCCAGCAGCGGGGUUUAUCCUGGUUCCGCCCACCGGGACUUUCCUGGCUUCCUUCUGCACCGGGAGGGGGGGGGAGGCGAAGCCGUGGGGAGGCAGGAGCCGGCCCGGGGCAGCGCGGGGAGCGCGGUGCUCCCGCCGCUGCCUGCGCUCGGUUUCUAUUGUAGGCGGUGCAUUCCUCGGGAGGGAGGGAGGGUGUGCGUGCGCGCCGGUGCCUUCCCACACUCGGGCCAGCUCUUAUUUAAUGGGGGUCUCCAUGCAGGGCAGGCGCCACAAGAGGUUUGGCGGUGCCCGGCUCCCUCGGAGAACGAGCCCGGCGCUGCUGCCAUGGACCGCGCGGUGGAGAUGGGGCCGGAGAUUCCCGGCGGCGCCCAAGGCUCCGGGAUGCACCUCCGCAAGGAUUUGAGGAGGAUCCGCUGCGCCGUGCUGCUGUGCCUGCUGGCCGUGCUGCUGCUGCUGCUGCCCACCGCUUACCUGCUGGUCGGGAACCUGCGAGCGCCCGGCUCCUGCGGCGCCCAGGUCACAGAGAACAAGGGCCCUCACUUUCUGAAGCAACGAGCAGUAGCUGCUGUUACGGACACRCUUUCCAGCGCAGAGAAGCCACGAGCUCACCUGACAGUGAAGAAGCAGGACCUGGCCAGCGCCGUGGGGACCCACCUGCCCAUCCUGCAGUGGGAGGACAAGCGAGGCCUGGCUUUCACCAAGAACAACCUGAGCUACUCCAGCAACGCCCUGGUGAUUCCCAUCUCCGGGGACUACUACGUGUACGCGCAGGUGACCUUCCGCGGGCCCGUGGGGAGCGGCAGCAAGCCCGGGCUGCUCACCCAGAUCAUCACCAAGGUCACCGACAGCUACCCCGAGCCCACCCAGCUGCUGACGGGCACCAAGACCCUCAGUGAGAACAGCUCUGGUUGGUUCCAGCCCAUUUACCUGGGCGCUGUGGUGUCCUUGGAGGCGGGGGACAAGCUGAUGGUCAACGUGAGUGACAUCAAGCUGGUGGAUUACACCAAGGAGCACAAAACUUUCUUUGGGGCUUUUUUGCUGUAGGGAUGUGGCAGCAGCUGGUGGGGGAUUCCUCCAGGGUCGUCAYGGGGGAAAUUCGUUGGAUUUUGGCUUUGUGGGCGCGUGUCGGGGUGAGAUCGCUGCUGUUUUCCUUCUUCUUCUUUUUCUGUGCCAUCACCAUCCUGCAGCUCGUUAGAGCCUUAAUUUGAUGGGUAGGGAAAGGUGAAGCUGUAGGUUGAAGUGGAAUAACACCCCCCAAAAAAAAAUUCCCAGCAAAAACCAACCAAAAAAACCCAAACAAAAAAACGGACCAAAAAAACCCAAACAAAAAAACGGACCAAAAAAACCCUCCAAACACAAAAAACAAAUCAAAAAACCCUACAAAAAAGAUGAAAAAAGAAAAACACAACCAAAAACACCUCAGAAAAUUCCAGCAAAAUAAAUAUGAAAGGAAAAAAAAACACCCAGAACAAACCAAUAAAAAAACCCUCACAAAAAAAAACAACAAAAACCAAAAACACUACCAAAAAAUAAAAUUCCAACAAAACAAAAGAAAAAGGGUUCAAAAAAACCCAGAACAAAAAGAAAAAGUAAAUUCAAACCAUAAAAAUGAAACUCAUAUUGGAGGGGGGAAAAAAAUGUAUUUUUGAAAGUAAAAGUUGAAAGUUCUUCAAAAGUUUGUAAGCUAAGGAGGAGCGGUUUAUACCUGYGGGUGGGAAUGUUGACCUUGAAUGUUGAGCUAGGCCAUGCCACUAAUUCUACCUUCACUGUACAAUUUCCACAAUUCAAAAAAAAACAAACAAAAAAAAGGUUUUGAGCAUUAUCCAGCAUUCCAGUAUAGUUUUGCAUGACCCUUCUUCAGAUUCUCAGUUCUAUAAGACAAUUAUUCCUCAUMAUUUCCUUUUUAAUAGAUUUACUCAGUACUUUGCACUAACACAAAGCUCAGGUUAACAAUCAACUGCUUAAUUAWUCCCUUCCAACUUCCCUGUAAAGUAGAUUAAAAUUAUAUCUUGUGCUUUGCAGAAGCAACUUGAGAUUUUUGGUUUUUCCAAAAAAAAAAAAAAAAAAUUGUUUACAGCUCUCUAAGUCCAUAUACAGCCUCAAAAUGUUCUGGAAAAGCUCUUGGGAACACACACAGACACUUUCUGUUUUAGCAUGAAAGUGGAAUUUCCCUCCAGGUCCUACUUUUGGGAAAAAAACAAAA